GUCCCAGAGAAGCCACGCCCCCGCCGCCGCCUGCCUGCGCACCGUCCUCCCCGCCGCCAGGGGCCGCUGUGGCCGCCCGGACGCUGCGUCAGCGCCAUGGAGCGGCGCGGGCGGGAGGCGGGAGCGACCGGCCGGUAGAGCCCCGCCAUGGGUCGCCGCCCCCCGUGAGGCCCCGGCUCCGGGGGGGUGUUGGCGGGCGGUUGGGGGAGGGGGGGGGGGGAAGGAAUUGUCCGUGAUUCUACCCCCCCCCCCGCCCCCACGGACACCCCCCUCCGCCAUCCUGCGACCCCCCGCCCCGGGAGAGGAACCGGAGAGAGGGAUGAGCGCCCCCCCGCGGUCGGAACUGGCCGCCGCCGCCGCCGCCGCCCUCCUGCGGCUGGGGGAAGAGCGCCCCCCCGCGGCCGCCGCCAUGAACCUGCUCACGCGCAAGCCCCGCCCCGACUGGCGCCCCCCCCGCGAGGAGGAGCCGCGAAAGGGGGCCUCCAAGGCACGGGACGGGGGGUCCCUGCGGCGGCCCCUGCGGGUGGGGUUCCUGACGCUGCCGGCCCCCCAGGAGCGGGGACCCCGGCCCUGCCCCCCCGGCAUGGCCCCCCGCUCCCUCUCCUGCCACGCCGUGGGGCUCCCCGACACCGGGGGUGGGCUCCCCCGAACCUCUGGCCCCCGCCCGGGGCCCCCUGAGGGGAGGGGGCUGGAGGCACCCCCUGCCAAGAGGGGCGGCGCCCCGCGGGGGGGCUGUGCGCGGCAGACGCCCCCCCCGAAGCCCUCCCGCAGCCCCCAGACCCGCCUGUCAGCCGGGCCCCCCCCCGCCGCCCCUCCGCCCCCUGCCCCUGCCCCCUCCUCCACCUCCGAGGGGGGGGCGGGGCCCGGGGGGGGGGAGGGAGAGGGGGAGGAGCCCGUCUACAUCGAGAUGGUGGGGGACGCCCGGCGGGGGGGGGGAGGAGGGGUGGGGGGCGGGGGAGCCCCCCCCCUUCCCCAGCCUCCCCCCCCCGAGGAGCCCGAAGCCAUUUACGAGGAGAUGAGCUGCCCCCUCCCGCCUGGGGAAGGCCACGCCCCUUUUCCCACAGCCCACGCCCAUUUCUCUGCCGGCCACGCCCCCUUCCCCACCACCCACGCCCCUUUUCCCACGGGCCACGCCCCUUUAUCCGCGGCCCACGCCCCCUUUGCAGCCGGCAUGCCCCUUUCUCCGUGCCCCCCCCCUUCCCCAACCUCCUCACCCCCCGCCCCCCCCCUGCUGGCCACCCCCCCGCUCCCCCCCGAGGGCUCACGCCUGCCCCUCCCCCUCCCCCGCCGCGAGCCGCCCCCCCCCGGCCGCGCGAGGAGCCACUCCACGCCCCUCCCCCACCCGGGGGCCGGGGGGCGUGAGCGGGGUGGGGCGGGGCUUGGCGCUUUGCCCCUCCCCCCGCCGCCAGCAGAAGCCCCGCCCCCUUCCGGGAAACGCCCCCCCGCCUACGACAGCCUGCGGGGGGGCGGGGCAUCAGGGGGCCCCGCCCCCUUGCGCGAGGAGGAGCCACACCCCCGCCGAGGGGGCGGAGCUGCCCCACGCCGUGGGAAAGAGGCAGAGAAGGCAUCCGAGCCCCCCCGGGAGGAGCGGGGGGGGGCGGGGGCAGUGCCCCCCCCCUCCGGGAUCCCGGUGCCACGGGGGCGGGCAGGGCUGCCCCUCCCCCUCCCCUGCCAGACCUUCCCGGCCUGCGGGCGGCCAGCAGACCCCCCUGGGGGGCACCGCCUGGGUCGCUCGGCCUCCACCUCGGGGGUUCGCCAAGCUGGGGCCCCCCCGUUCCCCCGCGGAGCCCCCCCCGCUCCCCGUCCCCUCUCCGGGGGGGUCCCCAGUAGCGGAGGGGGGGUCCCCAUUAGCGGGGGGGGGAUCCCCGUUCCCGGAGGGGGGGUCCCGGCCGCCCCCCGCCCGCGGGACGGGCAGUUGCAGGAGGUGAUCGACCGAAAACGCUGCGUUUGCACCGAAAUUAAAGCGCGGGGGGGGCGCGGGGUGGGGCUGUGCAAACAGGAGAGCCUGCCCCCCCUCCCCACUCCGCCCCCCCCUGCCUGGAGAGGGGGGACACAUGAGGGGAGACCCCCUCCCGGGACUCCCCCCAACCGCCGGUCACACACCGUGCUCUGGGACACGGCCAUCUGACACCCAGCCCCCCCCAAAAAAAGUCUUGGGGUGCCUGGAGCAUCCCUGACACCCCCCUCCCAGGAAAAAGCCCGCCCCCAAAAUUGGGGGGGGCGGUGUAUGUAAAAUCGAGGGGGGGGUCCCCAAGGUAACAGGCUGGGUCCCCAAAGUCGAAGGGGGGGCCCCAAAGUCAAGGGGGGGCCUGAAAUGGAGGGGGGGAUCCUCAAAAUGGAGGAGGGGGCUCCUAAAUCGAGGGGAGGGUCCCCAAAAUUAAGGUGGUUGUACUUAAAAUAGAGGGGAGGGUCCCUAAAAUGUAGGGGAAGGGUCCUCAAAAAUGGAGGGAGGGGCUCCCAAAUUGAGGGGGGGUCACAACACGGCUGGGCCGGGUUAGGGGAGGAUUUGGGGGGGGGGGGGCUGGGUAUUUAUGGUACAUUAAGGGCCCCCCCGUAGUUAAAAGGGGGGGACACACCUCUAAAGGGAGGGGGGAGGAUGGAGACACCCCCCCCCAUAAGGUAAAGGGUCCCCCCAUAAAGGGAGGGUUAAGCCCACCAAUACGGGGGGGGUGUCAGAGCCCCCCUAUGAAGUGAGGGGGGCAUUAAAGGGGGGUAGAGCCCCCCAAGAAAGGGGGGGCUCACCCUCAUAAAAGCGGGGGUCACCCCGCAUAAAGGGGGGGUCCAGCCCCCCCCCCAGAAAAGGGGGGGCUGCUGUAACUGCUUUGCAAAUGUAUUUAUGGGGGGAGGGGACCAUGGGGGGGGGUAUUUAUGGGGGUGCAUCCACGGUCGAGCAGGGUUUUGGGGAGGUUUGGCUCCGGGGGGUCCGCAGUGCGGCCUGUGGGGGGGGGGGGAUUUGGGGGAGCCCCCCCUCCAAUGGGAGGGGGAGAGAGGAGGCGGGGGUCUCCCCUGGGAUUUUGGGGGGGGGGGUUUACCAUUGGGGGGGGCAAUGGGUCCCCCCAACCCUUUCCUGGCCCCCCCCCAGCCCCUCUGUGCCUCGUUUCCCCCCCCCUUACCAGAAUUGCCUUCGUCCCCGCGGGGUCCGGGGGGGGGCCCCAAAUUUGGGGAGGGGGGGUUGG